AUGAUUUUUAAAAAAAUUAUUGUUAUCUCACUUUUACUCACAUUCCUUUGCAAUGCUUUUGCGAAAGAUCAAGAAUCAAAUGCGCAAUAUCCAACACCAAAUGCGCUUUGGAUAGUUUCAGAUCUCGCUGGGAAAAGCUUUCAGCCUGGUGAUACGUGUGAAUUUCAAGUUAUGGCCCCAGAUAACUACACAGGCACAUAUAAUAUAAAUUUAAGAAAUCGAGAAUCCCCUUCUGGUGGUGGCACACUCUUGAGUGGUGUUUCCUUUAAGCCUGGACUCAACACUUUUGAACUUGCAAUUCCGGAAACAGUUCCUGGCCCUUAUUACUACAUUAAUUUUUGGGGCCCUACUAGAGAGGAUUAUUCAGCCACUUUUACUAUUGGAGACCCGGGCUAUGGAGUUAGUAUAGUGGAACCUGCAGCGGGUACGAUCAUACAUCCCGGAGACACGUUAAUAGCUAAUUGGUAUGGAACUUAUGAAAAACCUGGUGUUAAGGGCAUCAAAUUCAUUCACGCAUUAUUAGAACUCGCAGUUAAUAAUAACACUCGGUCUUAUCCUUUCCAAGCUGAUAGAGAUAUAACAUUUGAAUCCCAACAUUUCGAAUUCCAAUUACCUGAUGAUCUUUUGACACAUAGAGUUUGGAAAUUUGGCUUUCUGUUCAAUACAAGUGACGGGAAUUAUAAUACAAUUGUUUCUG